GGAAUUUCAAACGAAAUUAAUCACCAGAUUAUCGCCACACUCGAGCAGAUCUGCUUCGAGACAUGAGAGCACGCAGCUCCCUCCAUUUGGACGUAAUAACGAAAAUGAGAGAGAAGAGGAAAGCGAAACCGGAACUGAUAAGUCCCGGCACCGAGCUGAGCGCGGUACUCGCAGAUUCUGAAUUUUACGUCAUGUGGGAACGGUUAGGAAUGUUUCAUUCAUCCGGAAUCGUUUUGCGUAAAAAACGAUCCCGGAAAAUCAACGGUGUUUUCUCGUCGGCAAAUUCCAUGAAACGGAACCACAUAUAUCACAGGAUCCGUCAAACAUCCUGGAGCUUCAGAAAUGACGUGGAAAAAAUCGUGAAAGUGAGGAAACGAUUACAACAAGGCCCUUUAAAUCAAGUGAGUUUCUGCCCAAAACUGCGGUUUAAUGAUGUAAAUCAUAGAGAUUUCCUUAAAAUCGCAGGUAAGAUCUGAAACCAUCCAUGCACGAGUAUUUCCGUAGUAACACGGAAUACUUGAAAAUAAUGCUCAAUACUCGUAUAUAACGAAUCAGGAAAUACUGACUUUCGCCGACUCGCAAUAUAGAGUCGAUUUUCCUUUAUUGUCAUCCGGAGUUUUUCACGAUUACACAUCCCGAACGAAUUUACCCGUUUAAACUGUAAUAUUGUAUUUACAUGUAUUACGUUUUGUACUCGCGCAAUAUGUUUCAUCAUUUGUGCAAUCCGAUGAAAUUCAUACAUAAACGGUUCGCAUUACGAAAAUAUAGGUAAAAAUCCGACGUUGUCUUUAACGCUUAAUCUUCAUAUUUGUAAAAACUUAAGAGCUCAUACAUUAUUGACAUAGAUUAUAAUUCUGGAUCAUUAGCAUAGCCGUGGAAUGAUGCUGCAAUUAUUAUUAUGCCGUCCGAAUAAAGAAGAAUGUUAAUUGGACAGGUAUUUUAUAAUCAGUAGGUAAAAUCCGACAUUUUUAGGGUUUUUUUUACUAUUAUUUCCGAACGGGGGUUACCAAGUUAUUGCGACAUUGACCGUUGCGUUUUUUUUCCUCAAUCCACGUUAUAACUUUUGUCAGACGAACGUGUUUACGGACUAGAUUUGAUUUAUUAUAUCCUACUAGUUGUUUCAAAUAACUGAUAAUAUCUAUUCGACAAUAAUCGAUAGAAGAAAUAUAUAGUCAUACGCGAAUAUAUUUUCUCGUCAUCAUUUCCACAAUGUGAUCAAAAUGCGUAAAAUAAUUGUCAUGGGAAUUUUGAAAUUGCGCAUCAUUUUCCACAUAAAAAUAUUAGAUUCACACCAUUGCCUGUACACGUACUUAUAACGUUAUAGGUAUCAUAAGCAUUUCCGUAUAACUUGUGCAUCCAAAUUUGAGGAGUUAAUUACAUUGUUGAUAAAAUGUAAAUAAGUAAGUAAGUCUAAACGUUGCGAGCUUGGUCAUUGAAAAUAAUAGAUGCAAUUAAAUGUAAAUCAAAUUACCAAAUUGUGGCGGGUUUUUGGCACGCAUAAAUUUUGUAAAAAAUGUAUACAAAAUGCGCAGAUUUGACGUUUAGAGAAGAAAAUUAUCAGUAAAAAUGAGAAAUCUCGAUUCUGCCGAAAAUGCCAAAACCUGUGAAAAAGUUUACAGAAUUUGAGUUUUCUGAUAUUGUAAUUUAGCAAUAAUCGUAAGGCAGGUAGUCACUUGGUUCGACAUGACUGCCAAGUCAAACUUUCCCUGUAAAAAACAAGGUCCACGAUCUAUGGGCGUCAUGGAGUCCUAUUCGAGGUCAGAAAAGCCAGGGAAUUUUGAAAACCCACAGAACCUGGUAGCCUAGGAUUCCCGCUGGCAAUGGGGAAAGUCCCGUAAACGGAUGGGCCGAUGACACAUCCGAGUAGCAGAUAUCCACUCUUCGACGUCCCCCGUAAUUUACUUAAAGACCGGCAAACGAACGCUCUCGAAGUCAUUCCAGCCUUGGUCAUUGCUCAGAACCACCAGGAAAACAACGAAAGUCGGUCGGAGCUUGUGGAUUUUCCCCUUCCUUCCGAAAUCAGUCGGCAAAUUUAAAGUUUAAUCGCGAACUCGGCUUUGGAUUUGCCCAAAAUAAUAGUGCGCGACGUGACAUAGGCGACGAUGGACCUUCGACCCUUAUUUCUCGCCGGGAUCGGUUUUCUCGCCAUCUCCGUUUUCGGCCUGUCAAACGGACUCAAGAAUUCGAACGUGGUGGAAACAUCGUCGGAAGUGGUGCCGAUUCAACUGGAAAACUGCUCCAGCAUCCCGGCUGCGAAUUUCCAGUGCGUCAGAACCGAAGAUUGCAUGGACAAAAGGCGACCGGCUGACCAAAAAUUCUGCAAAUGGGAAGGCAAACCGACUCACGUGUGCUGCUUGAAAAAACGUGAUCGUCUUAUGGGGGGAUUGGUACGGAGACUUAAGCGAGAGUAUCAGUCAUACUACGACGAUGAUGACUACGAAUCCUCGAUAGAGUAUUUCAAUCACGACCAUCGUGGCUGGAGGCAGGAGUACUAUGACUGGGAAACGCCGUGGAUGAAAGAUGGGCGACAUGCGGGUGACAGGACUAAGCAUGAUUUUGGCCGUGACUACGAUGACGAUUCCGUAAUAAUCGAAAACAUAGGCUCGAGAGGUGCAUUCGACAGUGACGAUGCGGAAUGCGGCGUUUUGGCGGAAGAAACAAACGACAAGGUGGCGGAGCGAAUUUUCUACGGCACGCCCGUUCAAACAGCCGCGUCGUCUCCAUGGAUGGUUGCGAUCGGGCAAACUGAGCCAACCGGGAAGCCAAAAUUCUUUUGCGGCGGAGCUUUACUCAGCAAAACAAUCGUCUUGACCGCUGCCCACUGCGUUACGCAACGGUCGCCCAACAUGGUCAGAGUCGGCGAGCUGGACAUGAAUUCAAACACGGAACCUGCUGAGCCUCAGGACUUAAGAAUCGAGUCAUCGACGAUUCACCCGGAUUACAGCAAGCCUCGCCACUACGACGACAUCGCCGUUGUCAGGCUGAAGACCCCGGUCAGGUACUCCAAGUAUGUCAGACCGAUAUGCCUUCCUCCGGACGACGGAAAUUUGUACGAGAAUGCUGCAGUCACGCUGACCGGAUGGGGAGUCGUCAAGUCCGACGGUAAAGCCAGUCCUUUGCUUCAUAAGGUGGAGAUAAACGUCAUCACCAACUCUCAGUGCAACGACAGGUACAGAGAUGCUUUGAAGGCCAGUCGGAACAUCCGGGCCUUACCCAGGGGUAUUAUUGACUCUCAAAUGUGCGCCAAGGACAGGUUUGGAGGCAGAGAUGCGUGCCAGGGGGAUUCUGGAGGGCCGAUUGUCAGGCAUGACGGAAGAAGACGGAUCGUCGUAGGCAUCGUAUCGUCGGGACUUGGCUGCGGAGAAAGAGAUCAUCCGGGAAUUUAUACGCGGGUUUCGCGUUACACCGACUGGAUUCGCAGCUUCUUGUAGAGUGGUUUUAAUCUUAGAUUAUAAUUUAAAGGUUAAACAAUCCGAAACUUGACUGAUCUCGGUAACUAAAAUGCUCAGAAAAUUGCGCCGUAAAUAAUACGCAAUUUUUAAAUCUCACUUUUAGUUUUCGGUAUCUCACUAACUUUUGGCAGUAUUUAUAUCUAUUUAUUUGUAAUUAAUUUAUUACGAGUUGUGAAUAUCGGGUGUUUUAUAAUUCAUUAAUAAAUAAGAUCCUGAAAAUUCGGAAUCUAGUCGUUGGUAGAAAACUCUAAAAAAAAACAAAAAAAAUAUUUCCGUACGAACCCUUCCUCGCCCCAAUGCAUAAAUAGG